ACGCAACGAAUCACGUUCAGCACCUUCGGCAUUAACUCAGCAGCUUUCCUUGCCAGCUACAAAUAUGACGGAAACACAAGAAAAUGCUUCAACAUCUAGAGUGAUGAAGUGGAUCAAGAAGUAUUUCUGGGAAGGUCAAUCACUCAGUAAAAGACAUGAGGAAGAAACCAAAAGAAUAGGAGACAAUGCMCCGUGGCACCGUAUUGUCAUGGUGAAGUAUCGCCGUGUUGUGGCAAUGAUUAUACCUGCACUAUUCUUCCAUUUCUGGUGGUGGGGAAUUUUCAUUAAGUACAAUCUCUGGCAUUUAUUCAAAGAGAAAUACUUUAUGAGUAUUACUAUGGUAUUUGCAUCAAUGAUUGCAGGUAUGACCAGCGAAGGUGGAGGUGCUGUGGCGUAUCCAGUAAUGACCUUGGCCUUCAAUAUUAAGCCAAGUGUAGCCAGAGACUUCUCUCUAAUCAUUCAGUCAUGUGGCAUGUCAGCGGCUGCCUUUACUAUUUUGUUUAUGAAAGUAAAGGUCGAGUGGUUUUCCCUUAUUUUUUGUUCUCUCGGUGGCGUUGCUGGGGUGAUUUUUGGACUACAUGUGAUAGACCCCGCACUUACCCCACCCUACAAAAAGAUGGCCUUCGUUUGCAUAUGGUUUACAUUUGCCUUUGCUCUGUUCCUUCUUAAUCGCUACAGAAAGAGAACCACCUACAGACGUAUCCCUGACUUCAAGGUCUGGAAGGCUCUCGUCUUAAUCGUGACUGGCAUUGUUGGGGGUAUGUUUUCGGCGUUUGCUGGCAGUGGACUCGAUAUUUGUAGCUUCAGUGUYCUUACGUUGUUGUUUCGARUAUCAGAAAAGACAGCCACUCCAACAUCAGUGAUCCUCAUGGCUGGUAACACUAUUGYGGGUUUCUAUUGGAGGCAGAUCAUGAUCCAGGGGGUGUCAACUGAUGCGUGGGAGUUUGUUGGUGUUUGCGUACCUAUUGUCGUGUUUGGGGCUCCUUUUGGAUCGGUAAUAGGCACUCAUUUCCACCGCCUUGUUCUCGCGUCACUAAUCUAUAUAAUAGAUACCGUUGCACUCAUAGGCGCAUUUUGCCUAGUGCCCCUUACACCAUGGCUGAUUGGCACCUCGGUCAUYAUUAUCGUAGUUGGUUUUGUUUUAUUUUUUGUUUUGACAAAGAUCGGCGAGAGGCUAAUGAUAAAUGUUGAAUGGAAAGACGAGGAGGAGGAUCAAGAAUGUAGCACCGGAGCUGAUCAUGAUGMCGUCGUUGUUAACACAAACGUAAGAGAUGCUGAAUCGGCAUCCCAGUCUGGCAGUGACGCAAUUUGCAACAGCGAAAGURUGGCAGUUACAGAGACUGAACGAGUAACAAAGUUUUGAGGUUGACUUUUAGAAAUGAAAGGAUAUACCAAAGCUCAAAAUUUUAACAUAUAGAUCAAUCAUUUGGUCUACAAAGUAAUACACUUAAACCCAUGAAAUAGUUAGUAGUGUAGCAGUUGACUGUGGCUUUUUUUAUUGUUGCCAUUAGUGGCGAUCCAUAGUAUUUUAGAUGAGUGAAAAAUUUCCUGCAAGGCAAAAUUUUGAAAAAAUUCUUGUACUAACUAGAUCUCACCCCCCCCCCCCCCCCCCCCCCCUCCCGCCUCAAAAGUCUAAUGUAUCGUCCCUUAAUUGAUUGCUUCAAAAUGAGUAGAGUGGAUGAUGCAUUUAAUACGUGAAAGAAUAGUGCCAUAAAAUUAGUACUACAUAAAUAGCGUUGAUUGGACAAUGAAAACAACGAAAUUUGCAUAACUAUAUGCUAUUUUGUAAAUUAGUUAUUGUGUCACGGCUUAUGYGUAUACAUCUAUUUCAAAAAACGUUGUCGUCGCCAGGACACAGUCCACAGACUUGAGYAUGUAAAGAAUCUCGGGAUUGGCAUCUAAAUUUUAUAUUCAUUUAAUUCAAAAAUUUCUUGUGGCUCAUUGACGGUUUAAAAACGUAGAAACUUUACAAGUAAAAUGUCUGAUGGCGAAACUUGUUUGAUCAUGGGUUUAAUACUCACAAUACUAUAUUAGUGGUGCUUGCCGCCAUUGAAUUCUAUCCGCACAUAGGCACAAAUAUAUUUUGAAUAUACUGCAUUAAUUAUUCACGGAAACCCCGAGAUGCUUUGUAGUCCAAAAAUAUUUAUUAUAUAGAUGACUUCUAACGCGCGCUCUCUGAUUGGCCAAAAAAGUGUGGUUUAUGAGAGUAUAAACCACGAUUGUGCGCGAGAGAUUUUUGAAAAAGGCAACAAAAUGGAUUUUUGCUCAAAAUCUAUAUAAUAAAAGAAAGAAAUAGGUCUCAGCCUGUGCUUUAUAGUCUGAUAAACGCACGCUUGGCAUUUGAAACACACUCAAAAAUGUCCAGAAGCACUAAAAAGCACUGUUAUAAACGAGAACCACCUCCUGUAACACUACCGUAUCCACUGUAUAGAAUUUUGCCUUGGAAUAUUUUUUUAUCAGUACCAUUUAAUAGAUACUGCAUGCGUAUAAUCCUUACUAAUCAUUUCUUCUGAAUAUUUUUUAUAUUAUUGCAGCGAAAAUUCAGUAUUCAGAUUACAUAUAAUAUCACAUAUUUAAUUUGGAGCUUCUUUGCACACAAAGAAACAUAAAAUUAAUUCCAAACCAGAUAAGAAAACUAAUUGGUAAAUAUGACAUACUUGCGUCAGGUUAAUAAAAAGAAUGUAAAUAUGACCUACAUUAUUAUAUACUUAUUGGAUUAAAUAUAAGUGUAAAAAAUAUCUAGUAUAAUUCUAUAACCCCAUACAAUUGCAAUACAUAAGUGAAAA